AUGUUCGCCUCCGUCCUCUUCGGCUCGCUCCUCGCCAGCCAGGCCCUCGCCACGGGCGUGGGCUUCAAACAAGUCAACGAGAUGGGCCUCAGCAAGCGCCAGACCGACGAGUCGUUCGUCCCCGGAACAACCUUCGGGUGUCCCAGCGGAUGGCCUGAAUGCGGGACUAGCCAGGUCUGCUAUAACCCUAAGCGCGGGGAUACCUGCUGUCCCGGCGGGACUUAUGCCUGCCCGGGAGGCUCUUUCUGUCUGCAGGAUGGGUACUGCUGUCCCGAUGGCCUCGACCGCGAGUCGUGCGCCAAAAAGUUCGGCGUCACCCUGAAGCCCACGACGACCGCUGAGCCCACGACUACCUCCAAGCCGACCCCGACGGAUGACACCACGACCACGACGUCCACGACCUCCUCGAAGGCUGUCAUCCCGACGACGACUACCACUUCGGCCGGCUCUAGCUCUUCUUCGACUGUGCCUCCUCCGCCGAGCUCGGCUGGCCCGUUCAGCCCGCCGCUUUUCACAGCCGGCGCGAAUGCCCUUGCUGGCGCUAAGGCGGCGGUUGUUAUUGGGGCUGUUGGUGGGCUGUUGGCUAUUUAG